GACAGAUGAAGCUCAUAAUUAUUGCUCCUGUGCAUCCAAUCUAAUCCAAUCCAUAACCUUCAUCAUUUCUAUCUCCUCUGUUUCUCAGUUACAAUCACUUCACCAAAAUUUGCAGUUUCAGGAAAACAGAGAGUUCUUCUUCUUUAAUGCCCUUGGAUAAUUUUUAGGCAUUAUCACUUUCUAACCUUGCCCCACUCUCGUUUGGGUUUUUUUGUUCAGUUUCUGUUUCCCUUUCCCGGAAAAUUUUGCUUCUUUUCUGUUAAUCACCGUCCCCAAUUAACGCUUUAACAAAACCAUUGAAAAAAAACAGAGUAAGGUUCUUUUUGCUUGUUUUCUCAUCCGUGUCCCUUGCCCUUUUCUCGUUUCCUUCAAUUCCAAUCGUAUGAAUCUACCUAGCCUUGUUUAGAAGGUUUGAUUUAAACUCAUGAUUGUAGCGUCAGCGUGUGAUUGUUUACCUCUGAGGAAUGUGUUUCUUAAACAUUGAACAAAGCAGGGUUGGCUUGAGUUUUCUUCAAGGCUUGGUUUAGUUUAAUAGCGAUAUAUAUAUAACAAAGAGAAAGAGAGGGGAAAAAAAGAAGAAGGGUAGCAUUGUUUUGUAUAGGAAUCUCUUCUCCAUUGUGAUUUACAGGCACCAACAACAACAGUGUUGAAUUGACAACAUUAAUGCCGGCGAAGACUGUGAGAGAAAACAGGUAGAGAUUGAAGAGAGAGAGAGAUAAAGACAUUGAGAAACUGCGAGAAAUUCGGUGUCCAAUCGUCGAAAAAUAGAAGUCUUUUUAUUGUUGGGAUGAUUUGCAUUUCAAUCCUCUUUUGAACACACAAAAUUGCAAUCCCAACAAUAUCUCUCUGCCUUCCCCUGUUUUUUCUCUCUCCUCCCCUGUUCUGGGUUUCUCUGUUUCCAGGGUUGGGAGAGAAGCUGAAAAAACCACCCUUCCCUCCCUUUCUCUCUCUAAAACCAUGAUCUUUAAUAAAGGGUCAAUGCAUUCUAACCUUGAUUGCUUUGUUCGCUGCACCACCCCUGUGGUUCAAUCCCAGUUUCUUCCCAAGUCAGAGAUUACAAGCUUGAACCGUUUGUGGCAUCCAUGGGAGAGAGAAACAGUGGAAUAUUUCACCUUGGGUGAUCUUUGGAAUUGCUAUGAUGAAUGGAGUGCUUAUGGUGCAGGUGUUCCUAUUACCUUGACCACCAGUGGAGAGACUCUUGUGCAGUACUAUGUGCCUUAUCUCUCUGCAAUUCAAAUUUUCACUAGCAAUAGUUUCAGGGAAGAAGCUGAGUCAGGUGAUUGUGAGACAAGGGAUUCCUAUAGUGAUUCUUACAGCGAUGAGAGUGAGUGUGAAAAGUUAUGGAGGUGGGAUGGAACUUCUUCAGAAGAGGGGGGGUUUGAGCAAGAUUGCCUCUGGCAUUUCAAUGACAGAUUGGGUCACCUCUAUUGCCAGUACUUUGAAAGAUCAAAUCCUUAUGGAAGAGUUCCUCUAAUGGAUAAGAUUACUGGCUUAGCUCAAAGGUAUCCAGGGUUGAUGUCAUUAAGAAGCGUAGAUCUUUCGCCAGCAAGUUGGAUGGCAGUCGCUUGGUACCCCAUUUAUCACAUCCCCAUGGGAAGAACAAUCAAAGAUCUUUCUACAUGCUUCCUCACCUACCACACACUUUCAUCUUCAUUUCAAGGCAUGGACCUUGAUGAUGAUGUUGAAGGUGGGCAGGAGAAGAAAAAGGAAGGGGAAGGCAUCUCCCUGCCAGCAUUUGGAUUGGCAACAUACAAGAUGCAAGGGGGAAAUUUGUGGGUGGCAGGAAAUUAUGGUCGGGACCAAGAAAGGCUCUUGUCAUUGUUUAGCGUGGCCGACUCAUGGUUGAAGCAACUAAGGGUUCAGCAUCAUGACUUUAAUUAUUUCAUGGGCAUUCGGCAUGGCUAGCUAGCUAAAAUUAAAAGGAUCAUCCAUCAUGAUAUUUUAAUCAAAAUCCACUACUCUUCAAAGAAAUUAGAGCACUUUGCAAAGCAUCUAUCUUGCUUGGUGGCUGAAAAAAAUUAAAAAUAUCCUCUUUUUCUCGGAUGUUUGGUUUGUGGUACUUUCUUGGACCUUUAGUUGUGCCUUUUUUCUAUUGAGGGAGUGCGAGGAAUGAAUGAGGACAUGUAGUAGUUGAUAUUUAGCCCUUGAGAGCAUUUGAGGACCAUCCUAUCUUGAGAUUUAAGCAUGAGGGUUGACUCUUUUCAACAGCCUAUGUAUGUUCAAAAGAGGUAAAAUUGUAUUUGUAUGUAGAGAAAGGUAAUUAAAGGGUGGAGAGGGGCCAGGGGACAGUGGAGAGAGACUAUAGAACUUUGAGCUUUAAUUGUGUAUCACUUGCCAUUAGCCAUAAUGGUUAAUGGAUCGAAUGAAUGAUGUGGAAGGAGCUUAUUUCCCCCAUUUUCUUUGUGUCAA